GUUGAAAUGACUUGUGGUUCCCUGUGUCUUCAUCCUACAAAUCACCAAACACAAUGCAAGCUUCACGGCCAUUCCGGACGCGGCGCCAAACACCAAGAGUAUCCAAAGCAUGUCGCCAAUGUCGAGCUGGUAGAGUGAAGUGCGAUGGAGCCAAACCACAAUGUGGAACAUGUGCGCGGCAAUCGCGACACUGUGACUACAACGCAGUUGAUGGCCGAAAGCAACGCCACACCGAGGCGGAGUUCGCAGCUCUUAGCAGCCGCGUAGCCUUCCUUGAAGCCCAAUUGAAUGGGAAUGGGCUUCUUGCCCAUAAUGACAGCCAGAUAUCCCAUCAAGAUGAAGAAAAAGCUUUGCCUUCUAUGACUGAGGAUCACGAGCCUCAUUUUGAUGGCAAAGGUGAAGGCAACGUUGUUUACAGCACCCCUGAACGUUGGCAGAUUGAUAGCCUCUUUCCAACUUCAGACUUUGUCACUCAAUCGCAAUCUUUACCUCUGAAGAGCUUUGCAUCUAUCACCGGAGGCUUUCUACAUGAUGGCAAAAGCGGUCGAAUCUUCUAUGUCGGACCAACUAGCAAUUUGCACAUCGCAAAGGCGACGGCUUCGUGCCUACCAACAUCAAAGCUCGCAACUGCUGCGACCAAACCGAGGGAACUUCCAGAUUUGCCAGAAAACGACGAGCUUGUUGAUUGCUACUGGGAGUAUUUAUCUCCCCAUCUUAUACUCCACGAGUCGCAGUCCGAAGUUCAGCUCGUCAUUCGGCAGAACUGUCUUCUACUCAUAGCAGUACUCGCUGUUGGUGCAUUCUUCUUGCGGAAAGAGACCUAUGAUAGAUGCAGACUAGACCGAAACUUACUGAUUGAAUUCUAUCUCAGAAGAUUCACAAUAGUCAGCGGAAGAGAGACAGAAAAUGCCACCAUACUCAAUAUUCAGGCAUUUCUUCUACGGUCCUAUCUAGCUAUCAUGCAAGGGAAAACGGACAGCGCCACAAUUUUCCUCGGAAUCGCUUGCAACAUGGCUAAAGUCAUGGGCUUACAUGUCAAUCCAGCUAGUGGGUCAGAUUAUCAGCCCAUCCUCUCCACCGACAGUGAGACAUCCAGAAAACGAACAUUCUGGGCUUGCUUUUGGAUGGAUAGGCGUCUCGCUAUGCUUGAAGGUCGUGCUGUACAUUUGACGGCUUGUGACAUUUCUGUAGAGUCUCCGGCGCGCGACUUCCUUCAUCAGUACUCAGAAUCCAGUGGAGGACAGGCCACGCAAGAGAUGCUUUACGCUGUUCACCUUGAAUUUGCUGACAUGCAAGACAGGUCUUUGUGUAAGAUAUACUCAUUUUCUUCCUCGUCAAGUGUGGGAGAUGCGAUAUCAGAUGGCAAUCUUCGGUACAUCACUUGGCUGAAGAACCUUCCACCCACUUUGAGGAAUACGAAAAAGUCUGAGCACUCUUUACCAAGCUUUAUGUCGCUUCACUUGUGUUACCAUGCUGGCAUGAUUCUCUUGCACCGCCCCUCCUUCCAAUUUGACGGCGAACAAGAUCGCCUCGCAAAUAGUCCCUGCCUGGAAUCUGCAUACGCUAUAUCAGGGCUUCUCAAAGCCUACCGAGAACAAUUUUCCAAUCUAGUAGUCGACUUCAUGGUUCUUCAUGCCGCCUUUACGGGGGCGCUAGUUCACAUGAUAAUGCUCGAACACCCCGCUGUUGCAUCUUAUCACAAGUCGAUGCGAGCUUUGAGGGCCAUUAUUGACUUUCUGGGUUGGGUUAUUCCUCAUUCGCAAUAUGCAAGGAGCAUUCACCAAGACCUGCAAAACUUUGCUUCAACAUGGUCCAUAAAGCCCAUCAACUCGGCGAUUUUCUGGGAAACUUGACUUAAAUGAGUUCUAGCCGUGAGUAAUCAAUGGUUUAAUGACACUCUUAAUUGAUUGUUUUGGAUCGAAAUGAUACCGGCUGUAGCCAGCUCAAACUUGGGUGUCCUUCAGUGUUGCUAAGCUCGGCCACUCACUUCCACUGAAUAAUCGAAAUAAAUAAAUACUGGAGGAGCCGAGCCGCCAUAACUAGUUAUUCAGGUGCGGGGAGUCUAG